GGCGGGGCCUCCCCUCCCCUGCCCGUCGGCGGGAGGGAGCGGCUGCGGCGGGCGCGGGGCCGCCAUGAGGUAGGCAGGAGCCCCCCUUGGCCGAGUGAGGCAGCAUGGCAACCUGCACGGAGGCUGCGUGCCCCGGUGUGAUGGGAGCGUCAGGAGGACGGCAGCAGUGAAUGGGAGAUGGAGAGAUCUGUCUGGGAUCUCGGGAUCUGCUCGGAGUGUCACCAGAGCCAGCUGUGAAGGUGGAGGCAGUAGCCAUGCUGGGGAGGAGGAGGACCCCAGGGACGACAGUGUUCUUGGGGGCCAGGAAUGCCCACUCGCUCCUGAAACGCUUUCCCAGAGCCAAUGGCUUCCUGGAGGAGAUCCGGCAGGGCACCAUCGAGCGGGAGUGCAUCGAGGAGGUCUGCAGCUAUGAGGAGGUCAAGGAGGUGUUUGAGAACAAGGAGAAGACGAUGGAGUUCUGGAAGGGCUACACCAGCUCUGUGUACUCUGUCAAGGACCCCGGGCACAGCACGGAGCGCUCUGACGCUAUGUACGUGGUGGUGCCCCUCUUGGGAGUGGCUCUUCUCAUAGUCAUCGCCCUCUUCAUCAUCUGGAGGUGCCAGCUGCAAAAGGCCACCCGCCACCGCCCCUCCUAUGCCCAGAACCGUUACCUGGCCAGCCGGACGGGCCGCAGCCUGCCCAGGGUCAUGGUGUACCGGGAGCGCUCGCAGAGCCAGGGGGAGACCCAGUACCAGCGGGAAGCCAGCAGCCGGGGAGCUGGGGAUGCCAGAGCCGCGGGCACCCCCCAGCCAGACGGCACCCUGUGCCCGCCAGAGCAUUCUGUCUCCGUCCUCUCCAGACUGUCCAGUGCCACUCCCCCGCCUUCCUACGAGGAGGUGACGGGCCACCCCGAGAGCAGCAGCGGCGAGGAGACCAGCGUCUCCUACAAUGACCCUCCGCCCAAGUACGAAGAGAUCGUGGCCACGGCCCCUGCCGCGGGCAAAUAGCGGGUGUGCCUCCCUGCUGCCUCUUCACACUCUCACACUCACCCUGCCACCCUCCCUUCGCCAUGCCUGGGACCCCCUUCUGGUGUUCGUCAGGCCCCAUUUCACCUGUACAAUCUGGUGCCAUCACACAAUAGCCUUACCCUCCUAACCAAAAAUAGCUGUCCCCAGGUGGGGUGAGGCAGGGCUGUGGGAUGGCUCUGGAGCCAGCCAGCCAUCUCUGCCCCUCACUCCCAACUCACGUAAGUGCUGUAGCAGCCAGAGCAGAGCAGCAGCUUGUUCCUGGCUCAACCUGGGGGUCUCCCCAUGGUGCAUUUGAUUUCCUCACUUCCCCCUCAAACAGACAUAACAUUUCCCACGAUUAGAGCAGCCUUGCUGCCUCCCUGGGCUGCUGCUCAGCCUCACCCCAUGUUCUGGGCCCUGUUCUACUGCUCAGGGCUCUGAUUAGGUGACGGAGAUGCAGGAUUGGUGUGGCAAAUUUUUGUCCAUCCCUGCCGUUGGUGGGGCCAGCUCUGUGGGGAGAUGGUGCUUCCCCCAUGUGGAUUUGUUGCCAAGUGGGAGUGGGGAGCCCGGUCCACACUGUGGUGCCUGUAGGGAUAUUUGCUGUGUGGAGAUCAGGGAGGAGCAGCUAGAAGGUGCUCUCUGAUCUCCUAGAUCUCUUUGGAAAGGGAGAAAGGGCUCAUGGUGGUCUUGUUCUUGAGGUAAGUGGCUUUGGAGUAGCAGGGCUUUCUCCUGAUGCUCUCUGCUCUCCCCUGUGGGUGCUGAGCAGCUGGAGGUCUGGCUGCUGCCGAGCUGAUCAAGGGCGUCCUCUCUGACCCCGAGCAACUGUGGUCUCAUGGCUUUAAGUGAUGGGGAUUCAACUCUCUCCUGGAGCGUGGCCUAUCUGGUGUUUGCCCCAGAGGUGAGAGCCUGCAGACAGGCCAAACAUCCCCUCUCCCUACCCCAAACCUCUCUGCCCUGCCUGGCUCCUCUCUUUGGGACUCUUUGUCCUCCAGAGCAGGUACAGUGGAAUGCGGGACCCCACUCGGGGUGACCUCUCAGGUGGGCUGAGUGUUUGGUGUCCAGGGCUGUGGCCUGGAAGUCCUGCUGACAGGGGCAGGAGCCACAAGGCCAUGCCUUGGCAGUGAGGAGCAGGGCCAAGCCUGCUCAGGUGGUUGUGUUGCCAGGGCAGGGCAGAGCCAGGUGCUUUGCUGUGGGACCAGUGUCCCCUUUCCCUGGGCCUAUAGGGUCCAGGCAACAGGGCUGUCCUUCCCCAGUCAUGUCUGAUGGAUUAAUACAAGGGUUGUGCUCCAACCCCCCAGAAGCAGCCCAGAAGCUCCCAGCACUGCCACCACCCGGUGUUCACCCAGCACCAGCCUCUCCACCAGCACCAAAAGGCUAUUGUCCAUCCAUCAGUGGCCUGCAUCCCGCCCGGCCCCAGUGAUGCCCUCGCAGCUGGUGCCCUCAGCCCAGAGCUGAGGCUUGCCCAGCGUGGCUGCUCCUGGGGCAGGACAUGCUGGCACCUCGGCUGUCCCCUCCCCAGCCUUAGCAGGUCGGGGUUAUGGGGAGAGCUGAGAGAGCUCAGGGCCAGAGCUAGAAAACACCAGAGGGAGACACAAGGAUGCUCCGCAUCCUCUGUCUUUGAUGCUCAGUCAUUAUCCCUGCAGUUUGUAUUCUGUAAAACUUGGUAUAUUUCUGUGCAAAAGAAAAGGUAUUUAUUAAAAAACCCUCACUGUC